UCGUGUGCAGUCGUGUGAAUUUUCACUCAACUAUGGAAUUGGAAAUUCGGCUCCGUAUAUUGAAUUGAUAAUGCGAUAAUUAAAGUAUAAAAUAGUUAAUUAAAAAUGAUCAGGAACGUUUCGAAGUAUUUUAAGGUGCUAGCGUUACUCAUAAUCGUUACGAUCGUGUUCUUUAGUUUUCCUAGUUUUUGUAACGCUCAUAAUCAUCAUGAUCAUGAUCACGAUCACGAACAUCACCACCACGAAGAACCGCCUUCAUUCAAAUAUUCCAAAGAAGCCAACGCCAAAUCACAACAGCCCACAUCCAAGAAAAAGGCAAUGAGUAUGUCUAGUAUAUGGUCGGAAGCUCUAUCUUCUACCAUCAUUAUCAGCAUAGCGCCGUUUAUAAUAUUGUAUUUCAUACCCCUGAAUAACCGAAGGGAGCAUAGUUCAUUUUUAAAAAUAUUAUUAAGUUUCGCUUCCGGAGGAUUGUUAGGUGAUGCAUUUUUACAUCUGAUUCCUCACGCCCUGAUGCCACAUUCUCAUCACGAUGGUCACAGUCACAGUCACUCGCAUUCGCAUUCGCAUUCCCACGGUGAUAAUAACAUCGGUCUGUGGGUCUUGAGCGGUAUUCUGGCGUUCUUGGUUAUCGAGAAAAGUGUUCGUUUGCUGAAAGGUGAGCACUCCCAUUCGCACUUUGAUUCCGACGAAAGCGAAGAACAUAAGGAUAAAAGUGAUAAAAAAAAGAAAGCUGUUAAAGAAAAGAAAUCCGACGAUAAAGUCGCCGACGACGACAAGGAUUCAGCUUCUGAAACCGAAGAGGAAAUCAAAGUCGCCGGAUAUUUGAAUCUAGCGGCAGAUUUUACGCAUAACUUUACCGAUGGCUUGGCCAUUGGCGCCUCUUAUCUUGCCGGAAGAACUGUUGGUUGGGUUACUACAAUUACAAUUCUGUUUCACGAAAUACCUCAUGAAAUUGGUGAUUUUGCCAUUCUAGUCCAAUCAGGAUGCUCGAAAAAGAAGGCUAUGUUUUUGCAGUUGAUUACGGCUGUUGGUGCUAUUACCGGUACUGUAGUAUCGCUUUUAUCGGGAGGAAUUGACGAAAGUACAACUUCUUGGGUGCUGCCAUUCACAGCUGGCGGUUUUAUUUAUAUAGCCACAGUUUCCAUUAUACCAGAUUUAUUAACUGAUACGAAGUUCGUGCAAUCUAUCAAAGAAAUUGCCGCGUUAUUAUUCGGAGUUCUAAUGAUGGUGAUAGUUGCACAAUUCGAGUGAUACUUGUAACUUGAAAACAACGCUUUUAAAAAAAUCAAAUGAUAUGGUUAAGCGAGUGUGUUAAUCGUGUAUAUAGAACGAGUGGUUCGUAUUUUUGAUGAUGAAUAUUUAUAUUAUUUUAUAUGUGAUGUUUUAAGUUUAUUCAUUUAUAAAAAAUCAUUUCAUUUUUUUUUUUUUUUUUUGAAAUUCGCAUAGCAUGAAACUGUUAUAUAGAGGGUAAGCAUUUUUAAAUAUUAUAUCUUUUUGCAUAUUAUUAUGUAUUUUUUUUUUUUAAUUUUCUUGUUUUGAUUAUUUUCUAAUUUAUUUAAUACUUUUUUUUGAAUGACUUUCGACUGGAUUGUAAUUUUAAUUUAUUAUCGGAUUACCAUUUUACUGUAAUUUUCGAGCUAAAUAAGUUACACGAAAUUUAUUAUCGUAUGAUUGUUUUAAUGGUACUUACUUUGUAUUGAGUCGUAUUAGAAAAAUAUUUCGAUGAUAAUUACGAUUACAAUAAUUUUUUAUUAUUGAUGUUGCCUCGUUUACGAGUUUGUUCUAUUGAAACUUUUUGUAUAUUGUUAUUUUUUUAAAUUAAUAAAUUAAUAUGAAAAACGA